AUGGAUUCUGUCCGUAACACAUGGGCAAUAGCGCCAAUCUCCCAGCCACGCUUACGAUGGGGCGAAGUAAGAGCUGGUCACCGGCAUGCUUGCCCCCACUGCGGGAUAGAUUUGUUGACUGGCGAAUCCCCUGGCUUCUGCUGUGGUCCUCGGGGUUCACGCCUUAACCAAGUCCGCCCUUUACCCCCUCUACCACCCGAAUACGAUGUCUUAUUACAGGACAAUCGUAUUUCAACCAUGUCCCGGAUUCUUAAUCUAGUGUUCUCGUUUGCGGCAAUGGAAACUACUCAUUCAUUCCCACACAACGAUGGGCCCCGUGGCUUUCUCGCUAUCCAAGGCCGGGUCUAUCAUAGA